AUGUUUUCCUCCGCGCUCAAGUCGUUCAGUUCUAAUAUUUCUGCCAAUUACCAAAUCUCACCCAACCCCACCGUGUACGCCGGCCCCUGGAAGAUCCACGAUGCAAAGAAGAAGUCUACGGGAACAGCGGCGUCGGUAUUUAUCUUUGAUCGCAAGUCAUUAGAGACACGCUCUGGUGGAUUUGGGAGGAGCUCUGGGUCUUCUAAGAAGCUGCAGGACGAUGUAAUCGAACGACUGAAGCGCGAAGCAAGCAACCUUGCGCGUCUACGGCACCCAUCCAUUCUCCAGGUACUCGAGCCCGUGGAGGAGACGCGCAAUGGUGGCCUUAUGUUCGCGACAGAACAUCUCACUGCUUCGCUUUCUGGGCUUCUGCUGGAAAAGGAUGACCAGGAGAAUACCACACGCGCUGGUUCGCGGCCGAGCCGAUAUGUGGUCGAGGAGGCUGACGGGACUCGAAGGAGAAGGGAAAUUGAGAUUGAUGAGCUGGAGAUUCAAAAAGGACUCCUGCAAGUUGCUAAGGGUCUUGAAUUUCUUCACGAGUCUGCGGGCUUGGUGCAUGGAAAUUUGAAUCCAGACGCCAUCUACAUCAACGCCAAAUCAGAUUGGAAGAUUUCGGGUUUGGGAUUUGCGGGGCCCCCAGACUCUUCUGAGACACGUUCAUCACUUCCGCCAUUGGCUGUGUCCGAGGUUCUAUACCAAGAUCCAAGGCUCCCCGCUUCGGUACAAUUGAACCUUGACUUUACAUCCCCCGAUUUUGCACUGGACUCGAAUGUAUCGUCUGCUGCGGAUCUCUUCUCUCUGGGCCUCAUCAUCGUUGCGCUGUACAACUCUCCGCAUGUCUCGCCUCUACAGACGAAUGGGAAUUUGACCACAUAUAAGAAACUUUUGAGCUCUCCCUCUACUACUCCCUCGCAGAGCAAUAAUUUCCUCUCUUCGAAGCCAAUCCCCAAGGAUUUGCUUUCUCAUGUUUUACCGAGGCUCAUUACCAGAAGGCCCGCUCAACGCACGAACGCUCGAGAGUUCCAGCAAUCCCAGUACUUCGAUAAUGUAUUGGUCUCGACGAUCCGGUUCCUGGAGUCCUUGCCAGCAAAGAAUCCGAACGAGAAGUCUCAAUUCUUACGUGGCUUACAGCGAGUAUUGCCCGAGUUCCCGGUAUCUGUACUAGAGAGGAAGCUAUUGGGAGCAUUGAUGGACGAGCUAAAGGACCGGGAAUUACUCCCUCUGAUAUUGCAGAAUGUGUUCGGUAUUCUCAAACGAAUCCCCAACGGGCGCCGAGUUUUCCCAGAGAAAAUCGUUCCGCGCCUGAAGGAGGUAUUUGCAGCUGGAUCAGGCAAAACGGCUGCUGAACGGGAUUCCAAAAAAGAUGCCGGUCUUAUGGUCGUGCUUGAGAAUAUGAAACUCAUCGCUGACAAUUGCUCAGGGAUGGAGUUUAAAGAUGAUAUACUACCCCUAAUCCGACUGGGUUUGGAUUCGCCUACACACUCCCUGGUGGAUGCGUCUCUCAAGUGUCUCUCUGUGAUACUCCCAGUCCUCGACUUCAGUACGGUCAAAAACGAAGUCUUCCCUCCCAUAGCCGCCACUUUUAGUCGUACCAGCAGCCUUGCUAUCAAGGUUCGCAGUUUGGAAGCUUUCAGUGUGCUCUGCGGUGCUUCCGCAGAUGAUGGGUUUGACGAUGAUCUGUCUGGAAUCCAGACGAGCAAGUCGAAGCCAGCCAAGUCCUCCAUAUUGGACAAGUAUACCAUUCAAGAAAAGCUUGUCCCGUCGCUCAAGGCGAUCAAAACGAAAGAGCCGUCAGUGAUGAUGGCAGCUUUGAAGGUGUUCCGCCGAGUUGGAACUGUCGCGGACACCGACUUUCUGGCUUUGGAAGUUCUGCCCGUCCUCUGGGGUUUCAGUCUGGGGCCACUUUUGAGUCUAUCGCAGUUCAAUGAAUUCAUGGCACUUAUCAAAUCCCUCUCGACUAGGAUUGAGCAGGAACAGUCCAAAAAGUUGCAAGACCUGUCUUCUGGUGCUGGAGGGACUGGCUUCAAGAACACCGCCGAUGAGUUCUCACAGUCUGCCACAGGCCUCAACUCGCCCGACGCGGACACCGCUGGUAGCUUCGAGCGCCUCGUUCUUGGGAAGAAGGCUUCCCCAGCGAAUGGCCAGAGUAUGGACAUGUGGGGUAGCAUGGAGCCAGAGCCAGCCAAGCCUGUCGUUCCAAGCAUGUCUCCUUCAUUCUCUUGGUCUUCAAAUAACACAGGCCUGACAAACCAAGCCAGUGCCUUGAAUCAGCAGUCCAACCUUGGCUUCCGUUCUAUCACUCCGGAUCAGAAAUUGGGUUCUUAUCCAUCUCUUGCCCCCGCCCGUCAGGCUUCACCGGUCACUCCUGCCUUCCCUGCCAUGCAACCCUCAUCAUCUAUCUGGGGAGCCCCUGCCAACCCAGUCGCCCGAUCCCAGACGGGUGCAGUGACUUCCUCUCUUGGGACAAUGUCGACUAUGACACCUUCGAAUCAUAUGUCCGGGUCAACAGCGCAACCGGCACCCAAUUACUCCGCAUUCUCAAUACCUCCUCCACCUCCUGGAAAUACGGGUUUCAAUAGUGCUGUGAGAUCCCCGCCGUUGAACACCGCAAACAGAUCUACGUCUUUCCAAAGCACAGUUUCUGGGCCGCAACAACCGACUCAAAAGCAAGGACUGGACAAAUAUGAGAGCUUGAUUUAG